AUGGAUGACUACUCAAGUUCUACAAUAUCUGGAGAUCAAAUAACGAUCCACCCUUCUGGGUAUAUUAUCCCCGCUUCUUUUCUUAUCUUGAUAUCAAUUACUGGUAUUGCAGGCAACGGUCUCACCAUCCUUUCUGUAUUCCUGUCAACCAAACUAAGAACCAAAACCAACGUGUUUGUGGUCAACCUGGCAUUCGGAGAUUUGAUAAUCUGCUUGUGUAUUCCGGGGCAGGUCGCAUCUCUCCUAUCACCCCAUGAGCCGCUCGUAUCAGAUAUUUUUACAGAUCUGAUUGGAAUCGUGACGAUGAUAUCAAUGUACAACACAAUCUCCACUUUGGCCGUUGUUGCCUUUAUGAAGUGUGUCAGGAUUACCAAACCAUCGAGUGUCUUCGACGAUCUUUUCACCAAACGAAGAAUAUCACUCAUCGUUUCAGUUUCGUGGGCCUUCCCGGCAGUAUACCUCUUUACGUUCUUCUAUGUAGGAGGAAUGCAGUUUGAUUACGACAGACAUAAAAAACUCUUCGUAUUCACCGCCGAUGAAAUUACUCCUUUGCUCGCGUGUUAUAUUUUUGAAGGAGCGUAUACAAUUCUUUCUCUCUCAAUUACCGUAAUCUCUUACGUGAAAAUCAUUCUUUAUGUUAGAGCUAAUACAAGACGAGUAGCUGACCUCCUUGAUGUACCCCCAGCAGCACUUCAGAAUCAGCCCCCGAUAGCCAUUGGAGCUUGGAACCAGGAACCGGCUGCAAGGCAACGUCCUAAUCAGAUGGCGGACAAUGUUCGGGCUCGAGAAAUCAAAGUCACGAAGAAUUUGGCUCUGGUCACUGCAGUGUUUUUCUUAUGCUUUCUACCUUUCCCGUUUGUACCUUACAGUUCUAACCCCUAUCUUUAUAUAGCUGGUGUAUGUGUGGUUUGGUGCAACUCUGCGAUGAACCCACUCAUCUACUCAGUCAAACAUCCAGAUUUUCGAAAGACAGGAUAG